UGGGAGCUAACUACCUCAAGGAAGCCACGAGCGAUGGCCUCGCGCUUUCUUCCAGAGACGAGAGAAGGUUCCUGAAGCACGUCCACGAUAACGUUCACGGCAACAUCUAUCUCGAUCCUGUACUCUUGAGCUUUCGUGCACGUUUUAAUUUCUCUUCCAGUUAGUUUUUUAUGUUUGUUUGUUGCUAUGCAUACUCUAGCAUCUAUCUUCGUUUUCGAAGAGUGCGAAUUCGAAAUUGCGUUUAAAACGUUGAUAUUUAGUUCGUCUAUUUGUGUUUAUGCGGGAAUCGAAGUAAUAAUUGUUGUAUCGCGUUUGUUGCUAUCUCUGGCGUUUUUUUGUCACCUGAAUGCUGCGUUUUGCGUGUGAAUGUGUGAUGGAAGUUGUAUCUGUAAAACUGCGCUUUCUGGAGCCGAGAUCUUUGAAUUUUCCAUGAUUGGCCGGAGACUGUUCGGAUUAGUUUUGGCCACAGAUUGUAUGCACGUUCAUGCAUAAGCACAUAAGCAUCGCUCUCGUUGAAGUUUAUUGACACAGAACAAUUUCAGAGACUUCGUGAUUUGAAGCAGCUAGGAGUGUCAUACAUGGUCUACCCUGGGGCUGUGCAUUCUCGCUUUGAGCAUUCACUUGGGGUAUAUUGGCUGGCUAGUGAAGCUAUCAACAGAUUGAAGACUCAUCAAGGCCUGGAGCUUGACAUUGAUAAUUUUGACAAACAGACUGUCAAGAUUGCUGGUCUACUACAUGAUCUUGGUCAUGGACCAUUCAGCCACAUGUUUGAGCGUGAAUUUAUUCCAAGGGUUCUCCAUGGCCUGAAAUGGUCUCAUGAAGAAAUGUCUCUGAAGAUGAUAGACUAUAUUGUAGACGAGCAUAACAUCGACAUUGAGUCUGACUUUCUUAAGAAAGUGAAGGAAAUGAUAAUUGCCUCUGAGAAGGAUGAAUUUAAAAGCUCAAAAGAAAAGAAAUUCUUAUAUGACAUUGUUGCUAAUGGACGCAACGGAAUUGAUGUUGACAAAUUUGAUUACAUUGUCCGUGACUCCAGGGCUUGUGGUUUGGGCUGCAACUUUGAGUAUCAGAGAGUCUUGGAAACUAUGAGAGUGAUAGAUGAUGAGAUAUGCUAUCGUGCUAAGGAGUAUCUUACCAUUCACAAGUUAUUUGCUGCUCGAGCGGAUUUGCACCGCACUGUCUAUAUGCAUGCAAAAGUGAAGGCAGUAGAACUCAUGCUAGUCGAUGCCAUGACAAAAGCAAACGAUGCUCUUCAGAUUUCAUCCUACAUUAAUGAACCAGCUCAAUAUUGGAAGUUGGACGACACAAUAGUAAAAACAAUUGAAACUUCUACCUCCCAAGAUCUGAAGGAGUCCAGAGAUCUGAUCCUCCGUAUCCGGAGAAGGGAUCUUUACCAGUACUGCAAUGAGUAUUCAGUUCCAAAGGAAAAUCUUGAACACUUUAAAAGUGUUACUCCUCAAGAUAUAGUUUGCUCACAGAAUUCUGCUGACGCAACUCUAAAUGAGGAAGAUAUUGCAGUGAGCAAUGUCCGGAUUGAUCUUACUCGUGGAAACAAUAAUCCGUUAAAUAGGAUCAGCUUUUUCGAGGAUUAUGACAGCACCAGAAAAAUCAGUAUUUGUGAUGGUGCAAUCAGUCAUUUGCUCCCUACAUCUUAUGAAGACAUGAUUGUCAGAGUUUACACCAAGAAGCCUCACCUGGUGGAAGCUGUGGCUAAGGCCUUUGAAAACUUCCAGGUGAAGACAUACGGGGUGAAAACUCAAGUCCAUGAAACUCCCACGAAGACGAUGAAGAAGCGGUUGAGGUACCACCACUAGGUGGUCUAGACUGAAUUUUGUGCAUAUGGUAGCUGGAACACGUACAUGCAAAUACAAUCCCCCGAAGAUCAAUAUAUACACAAGUAGUUCUGAAAAGUAAUCUUUGCAUUUCAUGCAUCUUCAGUCGCUUACCUAAACAAUGUGACCCCGUGGUAAUAUUUUUGCAGAACUGAUGAAAUUACACUUGUUAGACACUGCACAUUGCUUUAGCAUUAAUGAAGAGUGCACCGUUGGUAUA